AUGAGUGAAGGUCUUACUAUUGAUAUCAAUCGCAUUGCGGAAAAUAUUACAUCAUACAUUGAUCAAGGUAACUUUUUCGAUAUAUUUGAUAUAGAAGACAUCAAUAAAAUUUUAGAAAAAACAACACUUAAUUCAACAGAUUUCAAUAAACUUCUUUCAGAGGGAAAAUCAAAAUACAAUUCUUCCGAUUUAUACAGUUGUUCUCAUAAAUGCAAUGUUUCUGUAAAUUCAUUUGAAGAUGCAAUUGAAAUUCUUAAAACAUACAAAAACGAACUCAAACUUGAAUCAUCUCAGAACAUAAUCGAUUUCUUCGAAAAAUACGAGACAGAGAUGAAUCAUAUGCGAAAUGAAAUUUCAGAACUUAUUCAUGAAAAAAUAUUAGAAUUAAGUGAAUCAGAAGAUUUUGAAAAGAUUUACAAUUUCCUAAAGGAUCUUUCAGAACGAGGAACUAAAGAACAAAUUGAUCUUUCAAUUUCAACCAAACUGAGUGAAAAACAAAAUUCUGAUGGACAAACUCCUCUCCUCCAUGCAUGUGUUAACGGUGAUUUUGAAUUAGUAAAAUCUCUUAUUGAAGGAGGUUGUGACAGAGAUGCUGUUUCUAAACAAGGAAAGAAUUGUUUACUUCUCGCUUCAAAUCAUGGACAUCUUGAAAUUGUAAAAUAUUUAAUUGAAAGUGGUAUUGAUAAAAAUUGGCAUAAAACUAAUGGAUAUAAUGCAAUUCAUUCAGCAUCACAAAAUGGUCAUCUUGAGAUCAUUAAAUAUCUUCAAAGCAUCGGAUGCGACAUAAAAUUAAAAACAAAUAACAAUAGAAACUGUGUUUACUUUGCAUCAUUAAAUGGUCAUCUCGAAACAGUUCAAUAUCUUGUUUCAUGUGGAGUCAAUCCACAUAAAAAAAUGUUGAUGGAUAUUCUCCCAUAA